AGAAAGUAAAGCAGAAGUGAAUGGUACAGUCCGGCCCUGUUCCUCGCUGUUUUUGUAUCUGCUGUAGAGCGGAUUCAACCGCCAAGGAAUCUGUUAGUCUUGUGAGACACUGUUAUUACUGUGGAGCUAACACAGUCAAGCCUCAUGUUUUCGUCAAGCCAGGAGGAACACUGCGCCCCGUCCAAAGACCCGGUGAAGUACGGGGAGUUGGUGGUGCUGGGGUACAAUGGCUCUCUGCCCAAUGGAGAUCGGGGUAGACGGAAAAGCAGAUUUGCGCUUUUGAAGAGGACCAAAGCCAACGGUGUUAAGCCAAGCACCGUGCACAUCCUCAACACACCCCAGGAUAGCAAGGCUGUGAACUGUAAAGGCCAACACAGCAUCUCCUACACGCUGUCCAGGCACCAGACGGUGGUGGUGGAGUACAGCCAUGACAAAGACACAGACAUGUUUCAGAUUGGACGUUCCACGGAAACUCCCAUAGAUUUUGUGGUUACUGACACCGUAGCGGGAGGCCAGGAUGGAGAGGAGACUCAGAUCACCCAGAGCACCAUCUCUCGCUUCGCCUGCAGAGUCGUCUGCGAGCGCAACCCCCCCUACACCGCUCGCAUCUAUGCAGCUGGAUUUGACUCCUCUAAAAACAUCUUCCUAGGGGAAAAAGCAGCAAAGUGGAAGAACCCUGAUGGUCACAUGGAUGGGCUGACGACCAAUGGGGUGCUUGUAAUGCACCCUAAAGGAGGCUUCAUGGAAGAGUCCAAGCCCGGCGUCUGGAGAGAGAUCUCCGUUUGCGGAGAUGUCUACACUCUGAGAGAGACCCGCUCAGCGCAGACCCCAGGAAAACUGGUGGAGAAUGAGAGUAACGUACUGCAGGAUGGCUCUCUGGUGGACCUGUGUGGGGCCACUCUGCUCUGGCGCACCGCAGAGGGUCUCUUUCACACUCCCACCCAGAAGCACCUGGAGGCCCUGAGGCAGGAGAUCAAUGCGGCACGGCCCCAGUGCCCCGUGGGUCUCAACACGCUCGCCUUCCCCAGCAUGCAGCGCAGUCGGGCCCUCUCCUCUCUGGAGGACAAGCAGCCGUGGGUCUACCUGGCGUGCGGGCACGUGCACGGCUACCACAACUGGGGCCACCGCUCCGAGCGGGAGCCCAACACCCAGCGGGAAUGCCCCAUGUGCCGGGUGGUGGGACCCUACGUCCCGCUGUGGCUGGGCUGCGAGCCCGCCUUCUACGUGGACACGGGCGCGCCCACUCACGCCUUUGUGCCGUGUGGACACGUGUGCUCGGAGAAGUCGGUCAAGUACUGGUCGGAGAUCCCUCUGCCCCACGGCACCCACGCGUUCCACGCCGCCUGCCCCUUCUGUGCCACGCAGCUUGGCCCCUCUCAGGGCUGGUCCAAGCUGAUCUUCCAGGGCCCGGUGGACUGAUCCGAGGAUCCCUGCUGCUGGAACAUUCUGGGAAACUGAUCAGAUAAAACCCGUACUUCAUUUGUGCAAACUAGCCUCGAAAUGGAAUGAGUUUGGUUCAGUUUUGGGCGUUUACGUGUAUCCCGUUCAACAGGGAGCCAUUACAGAUUGUUUAGGAGAUUUUCGGAUGGAGUGAGAGAGUGCUCUGUCCAGACAACCAGUUGUUUUUACGAAGGCUUCAUCGUCAGGGUGUUUCGCCACACCAUCAGAUUGCUACAGAGAGUCUCUUAAACAAAUGACUUAUUUCUCCCACCAGAUGUCUUUGGGUCUGUUGGGAAAGGAAACAGUCGUUUAGUUUCUGAUGCGAUGGAGCUUUCACAGAGCCAGACAGCUGGACUGUUGGCUGGGAGAAAAGCCAGGAGGAACUUUGGGUUUAAUGGCCAAAUAGCCAAAAAUAAAUAAAUAAAUAAGAAAUGCCUCCAAUCGUUCCUCUUGGCUAUAAACUCUUAAUGGCAUCCAAAUCACGUAGCUCGCUAGAAGUGGCUUCCAUUCACCGAACAAACUUUGAGUUGUACAGAGAUGAAAUCCAGUGCCUGAGAUCCCGAUAAAAAAAAAAGUGGGAAUAUUUUUAUUAGAAAUUGAAUAUAUAUAUAUUUUGUGGAAGGUAAAGAAAGAGAUGACAACCCAUGUGUGCUUUACUACACUGAGGCUGUUGGAAUGUUUUGUAACCCAAAUGUUAAUAUAUUUUUCUCCUUCAUAUAUAAGGUGUAUGAGGAUGAAUGCAUGUGUGAUUAGGUGUGGGUGUGUGUAUGCGUGUUUGUGAGUUUGACUGUGUGGCCCUGCAUCAUUUCACCCCGACCACUUCUUAUGACCUCACAUGCCAACCCAAACUGCUAGCAGAGAUGUUGCAGGAAUUAAAAGAAGGUCACCGGGUUUCAGAAUGAUGGCGUGGGAAUCCACCGACUCCUUUCUCCUGGUGCUCUAAUUAUAUGACCUGCUUUCUCAGUUAAUGUCAGGCCCGCUCACAGUCAAAUGUGACAUUUUGGCUUUACAACUGACACCUAUGUUGCUGAUCAGCUUUGCACUGCUGUUAGCUUUAUCCUGUACUGGGUCUGAUCCAAGGCUGUUAAACCCUGGCCACGUUCUCAGUAGCAUCGUGAGAUUAUAAUGCAAGAUGGAACGGCCACCGUUUUAGUGAUCCAAAGUGUUUCUGUGAACCCAAACAUCUGCAAUGACUGACCACUGACAGGUUGGGAUUACAGCAAAGUCUGUUCUGUACCUUAGCGCAGGGUUCCUACACGCUCCCAAAGACUGUGAAAAUGCUGAAAUUAGCUUUUAAAGUGAAAAAGUAUGGAGCAAAAUGAGUAUAGAAAACCAUUGUAUCCGUGUUCCAUUUACCAGACUAUGAGAAUAUGAUUUUGUAAUGACUUGCUCAAAGAAAGUGGAGUAAAUUUGAGAUGUAUGAAAGUAGUCGUAUACCCUCGCAACUCAUUCUAUUUUUCAUUUUUAGAGUUUUCAAGCUAUCUCCUAUUUUUGUUUGAUAAAAUAACUUUUAUGCGAUAAGAACCAGCUGCUAACAUGACUGUUCUGAUUUCUAAGUUGACAUACCUAUCUAUUGUUUCAGACAAUCCAACUUUUAAUACAUCAUGGUGUUUCAGUGUUUUCCAAUACUGUAAUAAUAUCUCAUUAUUUUCAGAUGAAGCACAAAAAUGAGCUGAGUGGUCCAUUAAGAUAGAGAGAUAACAUACUGUUAUUGUUACAAAAUGAACAUCAAGUUUUAUCUUGAGAUAAUGAGAUGACCUGACAGUUAUAACAAAAAAACCCCAAUAUUUUUAUUUUGGGAUAAUGCAACAUUAUUGUGGGAAUACAAUUAGGUCAAGGUCUAGUUAUCAUUAAAUGAUAAUAUAAACUAAGAAUGAAAAACCCAAGAAGUCUUUAGGCUUCCAUUACCAAAACAAGAUGAACAUAAGGUUUCACCUCGAGAUAAUGAAGCCAUUAUUGUUACAAAAUGAACUUGAGGAGACAUUAUCUGACCAACCGUCUGACCUGAUCUGGAAAUUUUGAUAUUUGAUAAUCUGACUCUUGAGUUUUAAAGUGGAAGAAUGUGUAGGAACCCUGUCUGUCUGGAAUAACAAUGUAAUCCUGCUUUAUGCCAAACUUAGUAAAUGAUGUUGUUGUCAAGUCGUCCAGAACAAAGUAGCAGAGGAACUAACACAGAAGAAUUUGGGAGAAAUGGCUUGAAAACACUGUUCCCAUAUGUGAAAAUCUCAUCAGUUCCGCUUGUAGUAGAGCAGUAAGAUGGUGGGAUGUUGACUGCAUUCAAGUAAACUUCCAGGCUGAAUCAUAAAGAAUAAAAUUAAUUCAGGUAUCGCUACGGGGAAAAAAAUUCAAUGUUUAUUUUUCCAUCAUUUGGGAUUGUCCACAUAGAAACCAUCUAAACAUUCUUGUAAUUCUUUACAAAUACCAGCAGCAUUACUUCAUACCACUAAGAAACCUUUUGGUUUCUGCUUAUUUCAUGUAACUGCCACGCAGGGUGAUGCACUAAGCCUGGAACUGUACAGUAGCAUUCCCCUCUAACAGUUUUAAGCUCAAACACUGUGCCCAUUGCUUGAGACCGUAUUCUGUAACAGCUGCAGCGUAGCCGCCUCAAACAUUCCUCCUUGGUAAACAUGGGUGGGGCUUGCAGUUUCUCCCAAGGGCUCGUUCUAUGAAAUUUGUAUUUUUUAUUUUUAUUUUUUCCUGCAGGAAUUCUGUACACAAGCCAUAGAACACACCGAAGCUCCUGAUGCCUCCUUUGCAAAGAAUAAAAAUAUUUUUUAAAUAACAAA